UUAGGUGCAAUGAUGAAGGGCUUUCUCUUGUCUGUGAAUAUCCUGGCAUUAACUUUGCCCUUUUUGUGCCUUGAGAGCGAUGAAAGAUGGUUCUGUCAGAAAGCAGUCAAAUAUGUUCCAAAUAAUUAUGUGCUGAAGAGCUAUUAUUGUUACGAACCAAAUUAUUACCAACGUAGGCCAGCUGUACCAAUCAAUAAUCCAUACAUACUUCACCUAUAUCCUGUAAAACUAGUUGCAGUUAGGUCACAUACUCAAAUUCCUCAGUGGCAAGUUCCAUCAAAUAUCUACCCAUCCCCAUUAGCACAUCACAAAUACCUCAAACCAUCAUUUAUUGUCAUUCCCCCAACGAAAAUUCAGGAUAAACCUAUAAUCCCUCCCUUCGACACCAUUACUACUAUCGAGGCUACACAUAGUCCUACCAUUGAACCAACGGUAAACACUGUCGUUCCUCCCGAAGCUUCCUCAGAGGUCAUCGUCACAAAUACACCUGAGAGUACCACAGUCCCAGUUAUUUCAUCCCAGGUCUAA